UCCGGAAGUAAUCAGUGUAAGCAACAGAGCGCAGCUGUUUUGGUGUUAGAGUUGCAAGAGGCAGCUUCCGUCACCUUCUUCUCUCAUAACUCCAGUUUAUAUCUGAUUCCAGACGCAUUCUCACCGCUUAGUUGCUCUUUACUGGCGGCCAGCGCUGUUUGCUGCUGUUUGUGCCCGGUGUUCGGCGCUGUUCCUUGGCUAUUUUCCCCAGCAGCAGGAAUGGUAUUGUCAACAUCUCAACAAGUCGCCCUGGCGUUCACGGCGGUGCUCUUCACGUUUGUCGUCCUGCCGAGGUUGUUCGGUGUCGGCGGGGGGACGGCGGCGAAGGAAACCAAAUCUGACCAUCGCUACAACAGAAAAGGUCCAGGCCCUGGAGCAUCCAGGGGCCAGCCCAUCAACGUGAGCCCCCCCGGCUCCCACCAGAGCGCCGACAACAUCCAGCAGAUGAAGAAGCGCCUGGAGCAGGAGAUGAAGAGCGACAAGUACAAGUCCAACAACAACAAAGGCUACGUGUUCACCCUGAUGCCCCUCUAUGCCAUCGGAGUGGGCGUGUUUGCAGCAUACAAGUUUCUGAAGAUCAAGUCUUCAGAUAACAAAACACAAAAGGAUAAGUUCGCUAAGGGGGCCAAAAAGUCAGCAGAGGCAGAGAACCAGUUAAAUGAACUGGAACAAAGGCUGGCACAGACGGAGAGGAUGCUCAACUCCAUCCUCACCCAGCUGGACCCGCUCACUAACUGCGUGAAAUCCGUUGCCCAGGAGCAGAAGAACGAGAUUAUGUCUCAGCUGCAGACCAUCCGCUACCUGAUGAAGAAGAGAGGAAUGGACUGUCCGCCGCUGAGCGCCAAUGACGUUUCCCGCGGCCGGAACCUGGACGAGCUGAUCGAGUCGAUCGGAGCCAGCCAGACCCCCACGGCGGCGGACGCACAGCCCUCUCCCGACUCUUUGGAGGCUCCAAAGGAAGCUGCAGACGGCAGGGAUGAGGCGGCGGCGCAAGGCAAGGAGACGAUGGAGCUCCAACCGGCAGAGUCUGCUGAAGAAGAAGAAGAAGAAGAAGAAGCGGAGGAGGAAGAAGAAGCGGAGGCGGAUGAUAAAGGGGAAGACGAGGUGGAAGAUUCAGAGUGUUCUUCAUCAUGCAAGACAAACAUUGAGCAGGUGUGUUCAGAGCAGCCUGGAACCGGCCUCAGGAGGCGCAACAGGCCUGAAUGAACUCUCCACCAGGAGGCAGCAAUGUGACAGUUUACUAGGAAUAUUUAUUAUCUGAAAGGCUUCCACGACUCACGCAGUCAUGACAUAAAACGUAAACCUGAAACGGAUCUGUUUGCAUGUUCUAGUCGCUAAGGACAGCAAAGAGCUGCUGCUGGGGGACGCUAAGCUACGCUAGGCUAGCUAGAGAUAAAAUAUGUUUCUAGAUCUCGGUGUUCUCCAGGCGAAUAACUAAAAAUUUGAAUGUAAUCAAAAACAUAAUUUGGUAAAACAAAACAAAAAAAAAAGAUUCAUUUACACGCAAUGGUACAUUUAAAGGGUUUAUUUUUGUUUGUUUUGGGGAUUGUGGCCUCUAGCUAAUGAAAACCUGAAAUACAGCUAAUUAUCAGAUUAAAUUUUUUUCUUACAGCCAGCUGAAAACACACAAAUAAGAAAAACCUGGUAAAAGCGCAUACAGGGUCAGUGCAACCCCCGCCUGACCGCGCACAGGGUACAGAGCUUGUGGGGUCCCAAUGUUAUCUUUAGACUGCAGGAGGGUUAAAAGGUUACGUGCCUCUUUGUUUUUUCCUACAGUUUUUCAUUCCACUCAACCUUCCAAUAAUGCACUUUGUACAGCCUGUAACAUAUUUGCCGGCAUUUGUUGUUUAAUGCAGAAUUAAGUGGAGUUUCCUUUAGAGAGGAUAAACUCUCAAAGAACCUUGAAUUAUGAGUCACAACAGUUAAUUUCCUUUUGGGAUCAAUAUGGUGGUCCAGUUGAGACGUUUCCAUGACAACACGGCAGCAUAAUCUUUUUCAAAUAUUGCAUUGAUUUUAUUUAAUUAGAGCAGGUGGAAUGGCAACGAAGUUGGCAGCAGCUGGACGCCAUAAUCGGCAAAAUGAAUCAUGCACUUUUUAAAGAUAUUCCGACCUGAGUUACAUCUGGUACUGUAAUAAGACCAGCAAUGCAGACUAUAUUCCACUCACAUCACCAUUUAUCUAAGGAUAUCAACACCUGUGUGUUCUUGAGAACCAUUUUCUCCAUGAAACGGAAAAGGGCGGAGGGGAGUUUUAAAGGUUUAUAGAGCAGCAUUUGUUUGUCCGUGUGAAGGCAUGCAGACAGAGCCGCUUGAACUUCUCACUUUUUUCACCUCUCAUCAGUUUUCUUUUCACAACUGUCUGAAUGUUGAAGCCAAACUGUUAUGCAGAAGCUUAGUGUUUCCUUGCCUCGUUGAACACUUCUCAGCUCCAACAGCAGCAGCCUAACCCUGCAGACAGACACACCCAAGAUGUACAGAAGUACGAGUAAUGCAGCCCCCCCCCAGCCUGUUGCUGUCUGCUAGCUGAA